GCGAGGAGUGUCAUAGAGCUUCAAGUGAUACGGGGUAGUUCCACAAUAUCAACACUGAGGAGCAGCAACUAUGUCGGAGCAGGAGUCGCUGAGGUGCUCCAGUGCCCGGAACCGUGGAGGUGUCCAGAGGGUCGAAGGAAAACUGCGGGCCAGUGUGGAGAAGGGAGAUUAUUAUGAAGCACACCAAAUGUACAGGACUUUAUUUUUCAGGUACAUGUCACAGGCAAAGCAUGCAGAGGCCAGAGAGCUGAUGUUCAAUGGGGCUUUACUCUUCUUCAGUUAUAACCAGCGAAACAGUGCAGCAGAUUUAUCCAUGUUGGUGCUGGAGGUGUUGGAGAAGUCUGAGACUAAAGUUGAAGAGGAAAUAUUAGAUAGCCUGGCAAAGCUCUUCAGCCAUAUGGACCAAAACUCACCAGAAAGGGUCACAUUUGUGUCCAGAGCCUUAAAGUGGUCCACAGGAGGGUCCGGAAAGUUGGGUCACCCAAAACUGCACCAGUUACUCGCUGUCACCUUGUGGAAAGAGGAAAACUACAGUGAGUCUCGUUACCACUUCCUGCAUUCGUACGACGGCGAGGGCUGUGCACAGAUGUUGGUGGAGUAUUCAACAUCACAAGGCUUCUGCAGUGAGGUGGACCUGUUCGUGGUGCAGGCCGUCUUGCAGUUCCUCUGCUUAAAGAACAAAAACAGUGCAUCUAUGGUGUUCAGCACAUACACAGAGAAACACCCGUCCAUAGAGAAGGGCCCUCCCUUCGUCCAGCCUCUACUAAACUUUAUCUGGUUUCUGCUGCUGGCAGUGGAUGGGGGUAAAUUAACCGUUUUCACAGUGUUAUGUGAACAAUAUCAACCUUCCCUGAAGAGGGACCCAAUGUACAAUGAGUAUCUUGAUAGAAUAGGGCAACUUUUCUUUGGUGUUCCACCCAAACAGUCUCCAUCAUAUGGUGGGCUGCUAGGAAACUUGUUGAACAGCCUGAUGGGUUCAGUCGAGGAGGACGACGGGGCUGAAGAAGCCCAAGAAGACAGCAGCCCCAUCGAGUUGGACUGAGCCUCCCUGAUGGCCGCCAGGAGAACACAGAAUCACAAACAUGACAGAGACCUCUGUCAAGUCCCUUCAUCACCUCCUCAGAAGUGAGGAAUCAACACGUUUUUUGCGUUUUCAGAGGGAGUGCUGUUCCUAAAAACCUCAACUGUCAUGUAUAAAGUAGAAUAAAUUAAAAAAGAAAACCCUGUCAGCACUCCCUGGAUUGAAACCGCCAUGAACAGCAAACUCUUCCCUGGUUUGAAUAAUUAAAGAUCAAAUUAUUUUAUGUUAACGCUUUGGUUGUUGGAAACCUUUCUCUAUUUGAAGGGUCUGUGGGGUUUUUGUUGUUGUUUUUUUUUUUUUAACAAACUAAAAAUUAUCUUUGUGAAAACUGUUAUAAAGAGAUGAGGGAGAUUGUACAUUUGGUAAAACACAGAACCUCCUAUAUAACAUGGAUGCCAUGAUUGAACGAAACUUUUAUUUGACUAACUACAGCUCUUUUAUUUUGUCCUACCCUGCUGUUUCCAUUAGGAGUCUUAUCUGUCAGAUGUAAGUUAUAAAAUUUCAGUUCAGUUUCUCACCUCAUGUUUUUCCACAGUCCUCUCAUAGGUCAAUGUGUAAAAUUACUGUUUUCUCCUGUUUCUCGCCUCUCUGAGAUGUUUCUCCAGGAGAAUUUUACUGUUCUGGUAUCACCCGCUGUUGAUGAGUCUGUAAAGUAAUAACUGACAGAGGAGACAAAAUGAGGCAAUGUGAUAAAAAUCUGGUUUUGACUCAUUCUUAUUGUACACAUUUCAAGAAAAAGUGGCUGCUCACCUGCUCUUUACUUCAGGUCAAAUUCUUCUCUUGGAGGUGAAUCAAUGACACGUUAGGUCUGUUUCCAAAAAAUAAAGAAGCUGCUGUUGCUGACCAGUGUUCACUUCGUCGCUCAGUCCCAGAACUUGUGUGGUCCAGGCCUGGACCAACCCCGGUUCCUGUAGUGGCACUGGAUCAGUCUACGACCUGUAGACCUGUUUGCUGUUUUAGAAUUUAAAGAAAAGCACUAAGGUUGGGGGGAGUUCCUGUCACGUCCAAUUUGUCCUCAUCUUCCAGUGGAGAUUCAUUUAAUGUACUUCAGUAUAAUCAGAAGAAAAUGCAAAAAAAUAGAAAGUUUAAAAUCUAAGUUGAAAUACCAUGAAUAAAAUAUAUUCUUCAUA